GCUAUAUCUAGCGAAAAACUAAAUCCAACUGUUUACUAUUGACUUGUCUGGACUCUGGGUGGUUUCAGUUUUCACAAUUCACAUGGCCAAUUAUUUGGAUGCUUUUAUAAGCUGACCCUACACACCUUUUUUUCUGACAACAGAAUUAGGAUUACAAAAACAAAACAGAACCAAUCACAAUUCACAGAGAAGCAAAAGAAAGAAACAGAACAGAAAAAGAAACAGAAAAGAUGCCGAGCUUCUCCUCACCUGAUGAUGAUAAAAAAUUCAGAUCCAACUUUCAUGGGAGCUUUUCAUCGGAGGAAGAAGGCCGUCCAUCGUCAUCAGACCCUGAUGAUCACCAGAUCCCAGAAAAUUCAGACCCGAAUUCCAACUUUUCAUCAUCAAUUACUAAAACUAGUAAUGAAAAUGAUGAUGAUGAUGAUCGAUGGCUGAAGAAGAACACUUCAAAUAAGAAGAUGAACAUCAAGAAGAAGAAGAAGAAGAAGAAACAAGUGUUUUUAGAAGGGUUUGUUGAGAAUCCUGAUGAAGAUGAGCUGGGGAGGACAAAAAGCUUGACAGAUGAUGAUUUGGAGGAGCUGAAGGGGUGUUUGGAUUUGGGUUUUGGAUUCAGCUAUGAUGAAAUCCCUGAGCUCUGUAACACUCUGCCUGCUCUGGAACUCUGUUAUUCUCUGACUCAAAAGUACUUAGAUGAACAACAUCAACCACACAAGGCUUCUUCUUCUCCUGUUGAGUCUCUUUCUGAUAACAACAGCAGCCCUAUUGCUAAUUGGAAGAUUUCUAGUCCCGGUGAUGAUCCUGAAGACGUGAAAGCAAGGCUCAAAUAUUGGGCACAAGCAGUUGCUUGCACAGUUAGAUUGUGCAGCUAGAAGUUAUUAGCUUGCUCGAAUCCUUUAAUUCCUCUGCUGCAUUAAAAUGGAUGCAAAACCAUAAUCGCCAAGGCGAGCGGUAUAAAACUUUCAGUCGAUCAAGGGGCAUUCUCGCAUUGUCGAAUUUUGAUCAUGAUGUAAGAGGAGAGGACAUUUUGGAUUGCUCAGAAAGUCACUCUUGAUGAUGAUUCUCUUUACCCGGAGACAGUGAAGGAAAAGUCUCUCUGUCCAUGAAAGGUUGAGAACUCUUAACUUUGAAAAGUUAAAACAAAAUAUAAGAACAAGCUGAUUCAAUAAAGGAAUGGAAAUGUUUUCCAGAUGUAUAUCAUCGAGAGUAUUGAAUCUUAAUUUGAGUUAAUGAUGAUGUACUGUUGCUCUUCUUUUGACUCUUCUUAUUCAUAGUAUUCAGAGGUUGAUCAAAUGAUAAGAAAAGAAAUUUUAUAUCCUUUAUUGCACCGAAUAUAAGAGAAAGGAAAUACUUAUUCUUUUGUCUAACUCGACAAUAAUUUUUGGACCAAGAGAGUAUAAAGAAAGAUUCCUGAAGUGAUCAUUUUUUUUUCAUUGUUUGGCGAAUAAUUGCAAGCGUAACCAUAAAAUUUUAAAAGAAGUUGUCAUAAAGAUUUAGAGAAAAAAAAAAAAGGAUAACUUUGUCUUGUUACUAUUAAUGGGAACAGCGGUUGCUAUAAAUCUUACUACUGUAUUGUCAUUCUGUUAUAAACUUUGUUAACUUUU